AUGGACAAAUGGAAGAGGAAAAAGAAGACGAGGCCAAGGGAAGGUUACGAGGGGAACCGGACACGGGUCGUGGUGCCAUGGGUUAAGCGGGUUAGGAGCCAAGUGUCAGGGUGCAGGGGCCGACGUUGGGUUUGUGAGGAGGGUGGGUACCCGUCUCGGGUUAGAAGAAGGUGUUGUGAUAACCGUUGUGUUGAGGUGACCUCGGAUGUGAACAACUGUGGAUUAUGCGGGAUUCGAUGCCCGUUUAAUUGGCAAUGUUGCAGAGGUGUUUGUGUUGAUACCAAUUUCAACCCGUUUAAUUGUGGCCAGUGUUUCAAUCGCUGCCCGUUUUUUGUUUUUUGUACUUACGGACUGUGUGGCUACGCGGGGUCCACACCUUUAAAGCUUCCAAUUCUGUUUCCCCCGAAGUCUCCUAGAGGACCAGAACAACCCCAACCACCUCUUAUUGCUGAGCCUCUAUAUGAUGCUCAACCACCUAUGCCCUAUGCUUCACCACAACAUGAACAACAUGUUUAUAACUAG